UAGUUACCAGGUCAUAAAAUCCCAAAUAAAAAAAGCAGAACAAAGUCUCCUUGGAACAAAGCUAAUAAAAAUUAUUUAUCGAUCAAUAAGUGUUUAAUUUCUGUUUUGAAAGUUUAAGCUUAGCAUUACAAUAAAUAUUUUACCAAAAAAGCAGUUUUCUUCUCCAUAUAUUUGAAACUAAUCAAUAAUAUUUAUAAUGGACAUAAAGUCACGGAUUUCUGAAUAUGAUAUUGAUAAAUGAUAUUCAAUUGACAAGGCGUUUAGUAGUUAUUGCUAUUGUUUUGGGAAUUAUUUUGAUUUUAAAAGAAUACGUUUUUGUAUCCCACUAUGACGCAGCAAAGGGUGGCGUACUUUUAUAAUUCUGACGUUGGCAAUUUCCACUAUGGCCCUGGACAUCCUAUGAAGCCGCAUAGACUGUCGGUUACACAUAGUUUGGUUCUCAACUAUGGUCUUCAUAAAAAAAUGCAAAUAUAUCGUCCCUACAGAGCCAGUGCUCAUGAUAUGUGCCGCUUUCACAGUGAGGAUUAUAUAGAGUUCCUGCAGAAUGUAACUCCACAAAAUAUACAGAGUUAUUCAAAGGACUUACUUCAUUAUAAUGUAGGAGAUGAUUGUCCUGUGUUUGAAGGCCUGUUUGAUUUUUGUUCAAUGUACACUGGCGCUUCACUAGAGGGAGCAAUGAAACUAAAUAAUAAUGUAUGUGAUAUUGCAAUCAAUUGGUCGGGUGGAUUGCACCAUGCCAAGAAGUUUGAACCAUCAGGUUUUUGUUACGUGAAUGACAUUGUGAUUGCAAUUUUGGAGUUGCUUAAAUAUCAUCCAAGAGUGCUGUACAUCGACAUCGAUGUCCAUCAUGGUGAUGGAGUCCAAGAAGCUUUCUAUCUGACUGACAGAGUUAUGACUGUAAGCUUUCACAAAUAUGGCAGCUACUUUUUCCCUGGUACCGGUGACAUGUAUGAAAUUGGAGCUGAGAGUGGCAGAUAUUUUUCUGUCAAUGUGCCACUUAAAGAAGGCAUUGAUGACCAGAGCUAUGUACAGGUUUUCAAGCCGGUGAUAUCAAAUGUGAUGGAGUUCUACCGUCCUACGGCGAUAGUGCUGCAGUGUGGCGCCGAUUCCCUCGCUGGCGACAGACUCGGUUGCUUCUCCCUGUCAACGCGUGGACACGGGGAAUGCGUCAAGUUUGUCAAGAAUCUUAACGUACCGACACUUGUUGUUGGUGGCGGAGGUUACACACUCCGGAACGUAGCGAGGUGCUGGACCUAUGAGACAUCACUCCUGAUCGACGAGGACAUAUCUAACGAGUUGCCAUACACCGAGUAUUUGGAGUUCUUUGCCCCCGACUUCCAAUUGCAUCCAGAAGUCUCCACCUCUCAAAACGCGAACAGCAAGCAAUACCUUGAAGCGAUCACCAAGUAUGUUUAUGAUAAUCUCAAGAUGUUACAACAUUCACCCGCCGUACAAAUGACACAUGUUCCAGGUGAUUUCUUCCCAGAAGAAGAAAGGCUUAGAGAUGAACCUGACCCAGACAUUCGGAUAAGCCAAGAAGAAGCAGACAAAACUGUAGAUGCCAAGAACGAGUUCUAUGAUGACGAGAAAGAUAAUGACAAGGAGUCACUACCUGAAGUUAAGGAACAGCCAUAGCAUACAGCCGAGAUGGCUGACCCACUAGCCAUGUGACACGGAAAGCUUAAGAACUACAGGAAAUACUUGUGUGAAUAAAUUGAAAACGCGGGACUAAGUAUUGUAAAUACUUUCAGUGUAGUGAGAUUGCACAAUAUAAGACAUUUAAUAGUGUAAUUUUCUAUGUUACGACUAAGUAUAUAUACUAUACUAUAUAACAUUGAAAUAAAUUAGUUUUAAUGCAUUAGAUAUAAUUGAAAUUUAACAUUAGUUUUUUUAGGGAAAUUCACAUUAUUUCUUGAUGCACUCAGCAAUCAAGCAUGAGCAUUCACGAACUUGAUACCCUGAAUUUCGGGGUAAAAUCAAUAGGGCCUAUCACUUACAAUCAAGUGAACUCCUUGGCCGUCUUGUCAUGCCAUCAAAUUGGUUGCGCAACCAAUCGGACACCAGAUCUGUAACUUCUCUACAGAGCUAUAAAUUUUGUUAGUAUCGGCGAUAAUAAUAAUUAACUUUGGAGUUAUAUUUAUUCAUUUAUCUACACCCAUGCUUUCAAUCCUCUAUUAAAGAUUCUGAAACAGUUAGCUUAUUGCCAACAUUAAAAUACCCAAUGUUCUAAUAACCAUUACAUCACCCGAAAGAGUGUUGUAAUGUUCUACUGAAUUUUAUAACAACACUCCUAUGUUUUUUUUAUCCCUUCAUGCGCAAAGAGUUUCAACAUACAGCCACAUUCUUAUUACUCGAUGCGUGGUAUCUGUAUGAAUUUCAAAAAAAGAACAUUUUCGUUUACGCGCGCUCCACACUCCCAGAACGUAAAAAAAAGUAGGUUAUUCGAAUCCCCGCCAUUUUUCUUCGAUAUUUUUAUUGUUUUGUUUACAAAAAAUGAGCGAUUCAUUUUAAACGCUGCAAAAGAACAUUAUAUUCGAGUGAAUUUUAAUUAUUGCACUAUACUAAAUGUAAAUUACUACUAAAAUAAAUAAUUGUUUCAUUAAUACUUAGUUUAUUUGUAUAUAAUCAGUAAUGAACGAUAUUAGGUUACUACUAGGACUGGUGUUUUAAUGUUAGCAGUAAGCUAAAUGUUCCAGAAUCUUUUAGAGGAUUCAUAUUCUGGGUGUAGAUAAAGUCUUGUAUGCAACUGUUGAUAAUUAGGUAUUAAAACACUCAUGUGAUACUAUUAUCACACUCGGCUUCGCCUCGUGUGAUAAAUCCACAUUCGUGUUUUAAUACCCCUUAUUACACAACAGUUGCAUAAAUAACUAUUAGAGAAUUUAAUAUUAACAUGCGUAGUUUUCCAAUUACUGGGCAUAAUGCACUCAGUGCCGCACAAUGCCAGAUUGUGCUGAUGCUCAAUUGGAACAUGAAUUAGUUUUAAAAUGCACCAGCAGAGUGCGUGUGUACUAAGUUCAGUGUUGAAAAAAAAUAUUCAUAGAGUUAGCAAUCUAAUAAGAAAAUAAGAUGUUGUCUUCUUCAUUUUGAUAAAUAUAUUCAUUUCCACAAAAAAAUUAUGGAUCAAGCCAUUGCAAUGUUGACAAAAGUAUACUUCUGUUCAAUAAAUUUGUGUAUACUUUAGAAUUCUAAAAUGAAAUUGUUUUCACAUUUUAAAUGUGGUAUUUAAAAUUAAAUAUUCAAUGUUCACCUAUACUUUCAUUAGUUUUAGUUUUAUUUAUUUAGAGCAUUGGUAACAAGACCAUCAUUUCAAACCAAAAUACAAUAAACGAAGAAUAUUUUAAUCAUUUUUCGGUAAAUUUGUACCUUUAUCCGUAAGUACUUACCUUUUUUUUCAACACAGUCUGAAACAAGUUUUAUUAUUUCUAAAAAACUACGACGAAACGAAUGCUUUACUACCGAUAGAAAAUAAAAUUUGGAUCAAUGCCUACUUAUAGAAAAAACACACGUUAAUUUUCUGCCACUGAGUAUGUAUUCUACUCAUCACGCGAAAGUAGUAGGUACUUUUGAGAGUGCUCGAUGGUGCGAAGCAUUGCUGUAGUUGGAACACUCAACGUUGAACAUUAUGCCGCAUAAUGCACUCUAGCGCAGGAAAAUAGUCUAUUGGAAAACAGUAAUGGUUAAUGUUUUUUUGCUGUAACAUUUUAUAUUAACUGCACGGACGAGUAAAAAAAGAAGGAAUCCGCGCAGUGAUAUUAGCAAGUGAAGCACCGUUAUGCUAGUGUGUGUGCGGUUACGGGGGAUACUAGUUAUACAAGUUUUUCUCCCUUAAAUCAUUUAUGACCACAAAUACUUAUAUAGUAUCGUUUUUACACUUUUUCACAACGCACGACGGCAUUUUUAAAAUAUUUUAUUGAGACGCAAACUGAUCUGUCACAGACGAUGACAAUUCUCAUAAUGACCGCCUAUCGGCCUGUAGUAGUGUAAGUGUGUGCGUGGAGCUAUGUAUUUACACGUUAAUCAGCUUCUUUUGGUGCUACACUGUUAUGUAAGGUGACACGGAGUCCUUAUUUUUUUACUAGUCCGUGAUUAACUGUUAUAACUUGUACACACUAAGCGAUAGCAUAGCAGAUACGUUGCACGUGUCUUUGCGCUCUAAAAUAUUCGAGUUAUUCCCUUGCUGUUAUAUGUUAUAAGAUAUUUGAUAAGUUUUUGUUUUAAUGAAAUACUUUUAAAAUAAUUAGGGACAUGAUUGUACUUUUUUAAUUUUUAUUUGUCAUUUUUAAGUUUGGACGUUUUUUAUCGAUAUACAAAGAUAUUUUAAUAGAUGUUAAUGAUAGCGAUAUAAUAUCUGGAAUAGUAGAAAUCCAUGAAAUUACGAUUCAGUAUGAUGGUAAAAAAGAUGUUACUUUUUAACUAAAUAUAAUUAACUAAGUAAAUAAAUAAAUCUAAUACAAAAAAUACUAAUAACUAUU